AUGUUGGCCACUCUCAGGGCAACCCCUUUGUACCAAGACCUGAAUUGGCGGCUCGUCCUCAUCGGUCUCACAGCAUCACUAGGAGCCAUGGGCUUUGGCUUCGAUAACGGCUGGUGGGGCGGAGCCUUAGGCCUGUCAGAAUUUCAGCACAAGUAUGGAGCCUACGAUGGAGAUCUUGAUCAAUGGGUGAUUCCGUCUGAUAAAACUUCCGUUGGCACUGGAACCGGCUCCGCUGGUAUUAUUCUGGGUUGUAUCCUGGCGCCAAUCAUUACCUCGCGAUUCGGUCGGAAGAUGGGCUUCUUGACCUUAUCAUGCCUGAUGAUCGUUGGUGUUAUAUUGGAAGCCAGUGCCAUUACUUCUUUCUGGCAGUUAGCCGUUGGGAGAAUCAUUGUUUACUCUGGCAUUGGGUUGGCUUCGAAUGUUGUUCCGACAUACUUAUCGGAAUGUUCACCCCAGCGUGUUCGAGGCGCCUUUCUUUCGCUUUAUUCAUUCUUCACGUCAUUUGGCGUCUUCAUGGCAACCCUGGUUGUAUACCUAUGCCGCACUAGAAAUGAUAGCUCUCAGUAUCUCAUCGUGAUCUGCUGCCAGCUUUUCGUCCCUGUUGGCUAUCUACUCGCCUACCCGUUUCUCCCCGAGUCACCUCGAUAUCUUGUUUACCGUGGCAAGUAUGCCGAGGCAGAAAAGGUCAUGAAAAAGCUCUACAACCACCAGGAAUCUAUUCCGCAAGAAAUCGAAAUGCUGCGCGUUCAACUGGAGGAACAACGAGAGCUUCAUAAAGCGACGACAGUCCUGGACUGUUUCAAAGGAACGAAUCUCCGCCGAACCGUUGCAGCAAUGGGAGUUCAAAUUCUUCAACAAGCACAAGGUGUCUCAUUUAUUCAAAAUUUCGUCGUGACAUUUAUGCAGCAGAUGGGAUUCCCGGACCCCCUGAAGACCAACGUCCUCGUCACCGGGUGCUCGUUCGUUUGCCAUUUUAUUACCUUCAUUACGUUUGACAAGCUCGGCCGUCGCAACUCUCUCUUCCUGGGCUCCGUCGGCCUCGCUGCUACAAUGCUGAGCACGGGAGGUGCCAUUGAAUCCGCUCCUGCAGUCGCAGAUCUUUCCGCGCAGGCAAAGAAUGCCUGUGCCACUUGUUUGAUUCUUUGGUAUUGCAUCUACGGCUUCACGUGGGGUCCUGGAUGCUGGAUUGUCACCGGCGAGAUUGGAACAGGUCAGCUUCGGGAGCGAACCGUGUUCCUUGCGUCAAUGGGCAGCUUUCUGACGUCGGUUCCGAUCAAUUUCGUCAAUCCGUACGUGCAGAGUGCGAUUGGUGGGAGAGUCACUUUCAUUUACGGUGCGUUCUCGGUCGUCUCGCUACUCUUUGUAUGGUUCUGUGUGCCGGAGACCAGCCGGAGAUCACUGGAAGAGUUGGAUGAGAUGUUCCAGGAGAAGGUUCCUACCUGGAAAUUCGAUAAAUACGUAUGCACCGGCAUUGGGGCCGAAAUCGCGAGGUUGGAACAUGGUGGGCUUUCCGAACGGAAAGUUGUCAAGGUGGAUGUUGAGACAAGAGGGUAAAUUGUUCUCAAGGCAUGCUGGUUGGUGCCACACGGUAGCUAGAGCCUGGUAUUCGUUAAAGGAACUGGGGUUCUUCUUUUCAUUGUUCGUGUCAUCCCUGACUUUAUGGAAAAUCAAGACUCUGUGUCUGCCAUCCUUCUCUCUCAGAGAGGAAGCUGUACGCACCACCGCCCGAAGAGGAUUAGCGAGGGCGGCUUGAUCCGAGUCUCGCUCUGUGUUCUGAUUGGUCCCGUGGAAACAUGCCUGAGGUAUCAAGGUAUCAAGGUAUCGAGGCAUCGAGGCAUCGAGGCAUCGAGGCAUUCACCCAGUAAGGCAGAUCAAGGAAGACUUCGGCCUUCCCGACUUUCUUUCUUUCGAAAUCUCCUCCUGCGAUGGAUGAACAAGGCUGCAGACGCUCAACACGCGGUCUCUUUUGCUCGUCGAGCAUCAUUAGCGGGGCGGUACCAUCCUGUCCGAAUCAAACCUCGCAAACAAGCAUAUCCUGUUAAGUCGAUGAUU